CGCACUUCUUCAGGAAGUAGCAUUUCGUUCACCAGCUGACAGCGAAAAUUGUCAACAGAGAAGUGAGGUUUAUCUGUGCUUCUGAAACGAUAUUACAGAAAGCCUAAUAGAAGAGCUAACUACUGGUACAGAAGUGGGCCUUCAUCUUAAAAGCAUUGCUAGUGAGCCUUACCACAGAAGUACCUGUCUCCACCCCGGGAGGAGGCUCUUACUCUGGUCAGUAUGAGCUCCAGAGGGAGUGGAGGCCGCUCCAAUGGCGCUCUGCCACAGACCAAGAUUUGCCAGUUCAAGUUAGUACUGCUGGGGGACAUGGCUGUGGGGAAAUCCAGCCUUGUGCUUCGUUUUGUUAAAGGGCAAUUUGAUGAAUUUCAAGAGACCACUAUCGGAGCUGCAUUUCUGGCACAGUCAGUGUGUCUAGAUGAUACCACUGUAAAGUUUGAGAUAUGGGACACUGCAGGACAAGAACGAUACCACAGCUUGGCACCUAUGUAUUAUCGUGGAGCACAGGCUGCCAUUGUGGUAUUUGACAUCACCAAACCGGACACAUUUGAGAGAGCCAAGGCCUGGGUUAAGGAAUUGCAGAGACAGGCAAGCCCUAACAUUGUGAUUGCCCUGGCUGGUAACAAAGCAGAUUUGUCAGAAAAAAGACUAGUAGAAUUUGAGGAAGCCCAGACUUAUGCUGAAGACACUGGUUUACUUUUUAUGGAAACCUCUGCCAAGACAGCCAUGAACGUUAAUGAACUUUUCCUGGCAAUUGCUAAAAAGAUGCCAAAAACAGACACCCAGAAUCCUACACAUGCAGCUCGGCACCGGGGCGUUAACCUUCAGGACCCAGAUGCUCACUCUACUCGGGCAUGCUGUGGAGGAAACUAGACCUUCUGGAUAAAUAGCAGUAUUAGACCAUUCACCAUCAUGGCUCCACCACAGCCCUAUCUUCAGUCAAGUUCUUCUACCAGUGAAUGUGAUGUGUCAACAUCUCUGCGAUUCUUUACCCACCCAAAACCUACAUUCAUCCUUCAGUUCACACCAAAAGAAUUUAUCUUUAGAGGGAAGAGAAAACAAGACUGAAAGCUACAUGUAUAUCUGUUCACUUGUAAAUGAGAAAUACUGAAAUGAGGUGAAUAACAAUGACUGUUGAAAUCACUGGCAGACCUAGCAUGAUAUUUGGCACGAAUUGUAAAAAUUUUUGUUAUAAUUCUGUUUUAUUGCAAAGCAGUUUGAUUGCACAAAAUGCACACACACACUAAAGCGCAAUAAGCAAAUGCUGAAAAGACUGGAAAUUAAGUGAGGUAUAAAACAGUUAAAAAGCAAGUGAGCUUUGCCUGCAUAAAGAUUUUGCAAUGCUGCCUUGUCUCAACCAAACCACUGUGUGCUUAGUCCCAAACAAUAUACAGCACAGUCACUGGCAACUGGCAACGUUAAAAUUGAUAUCUGUAGCAGAAACAUCCAAAAGUAUAUUAACAAUUAGCAUUUUUAUUUAAGUAUUGCAAUUUAUUUAAUUUAAUAUUAUUGAACCGAAGGAUUCACAAGUUAUUACCAAUGUGCAGACUGGACUACUACUAACCACAAGCUUUUUCAGUUUUUAUUUUAAGUAAUUUGAAUGAAAAACUGGGAUGAAUAUUACGCUGUAAUAAAUGUCUAAAGCAGGAGAACACUGUCCAUCUUGUAUUUGGUGUGUCUCUCACUUGCUCAUUGUCUCUUGGCAAAGCUGUUUGUGAAUAUGAAAACAUAGUGGCAAUAAAUAAUUUAAACUUUGUGAA